AUGGGGACAAAAGACAAUGGAGAUGAUCUUUCAGAAGAUUGGUCAUCACACGCAUCAUCACCGAGUGAGGCUUUUCAUCAAUUUCCUCAGGAGGGUGUUAAAGUGGCUGCCGAGGAAUGGCACAAUGGCUUUCCCGGUAGUCCAAUCCUUCCUCUUCCAGAGCAAGCACCGAGGCACAGGCGGGCCCACAGUGAAAUACCCUCUUUGUUCUAUAAGAAGUCUACUAGUACCAGCAGUUUCCAUAGAUGGAAGUCUCAGAUGCAAAGGGCUUUGCAAUGGGGUGGUCGUAGUUUUCAAGACCGUCAUUAUUCUUCUUUCGAUCCCGAGAUUUUGGCUAAUCAGAAGAGGCAGUGGUAUCAGAUUCACUCGAAAACGUCGGGCCCUGAAAUAUAUAAAGAGCCAACCUCGCUUUUUGAACACUUCAUUAUAGCCGGGCUUGGUCCAGAUGCUAAGCUUCAAGUUGUUGAAGAUGCAUUUGUAAGAAGGAAGAAAUGGGAGCACGAAAGCGAAAGAAAUGAACUGUUAGACUUUCACUCGCGGAAACAUCAACGACCUACAUUUCCAACAUUGGAACCUCAGGUCCUGUUUGUGUAUCCUCCUGGGAAGAAGUUGUCUUUGCGUAUAAAGGAUCUGGCUGCAUUUUGCUUCCCUGGAGGUGUCAAGGCACGCAUGAUGGAGAGAACACCAUCUCUAAGUGACUUGAACGAACUUGUUUAUGGACAGGAACACUUGCGAAGAGAUGAUUUAUCCUUCAUUUUUUCACUUAAGGUAGCAGGCAACACAACACUUUAUGGUGUUUGCUUGCAUGUGCAGGAGGUUGUUCAGAGACCUCCUGUUGUGUUUGAGGCUUCACCACCUCUUUCCCAAUUGAAUUACGGCUCCAGUAGGUUUUUGGUCUCGGCCCCUCGUUGUUAUUGUAUCUUGACAAGAGUGCCUUUUUUCGAGCUGCACUAUGAGAUGUUAAACAGCAUCAUUGCUCAGGAACGCCUGAACCGGAUCACCAAAUUUGUAGCUGAAAUGUCUCUUGCCGAAAAUGCCCCUUCACACCCCUUGCCGAAAAACCAUAUAAACGAGAAAUUUGAAGAAAGCGGCAACACCACAGAUUGGAUGGCUACAGCAAUUCCUGUUGGCAGUGCCAUCACCCUAACGGCGGCCGCAGCCGGAAUCAUAUCGGACGAGGAGGCUUUCUCGAGGUGCGAGAAUUCUCCGGUUAGUGUGGCCGCCAGUGACAAUUCAUAUAAUUGUCAAAUGAUGGACGGGGACAAAAAUGUCCAUGCCUCGGAUGACUGCAUCUCAGAGACCUCCGAGUUCGUUUGUACUCCAGUCAACCUGUAUGACUGCAGCAAAAACCAGUGCCGUCAAAGCUUUGAGUCCUUAUUCAGUCCAGCUAGAAGUCUGCCAUCAGAGGAAGAGGAUGACAUCUUUAGUAACUAUGAUGAAGAUCUGAGCUUUGAUAUGAUAAUGGAAUGGGCAAGGGAAAAUAAAAAUGAUUUGCUUCAGAUAAUUUGUGGUUAUCAUUCUCUUCACCUUCCUGCAAGGGGAGGGAAAGUCAUUUUUCAGCCACUUGAGCAUCUGCAGGCCAUUGAGUUUCAACGGGUUCCUAUAUCUGCUCUUGGCCUAUUUGAAAAGUAUCUUGACAAAAAUACAAAAGAUUCGUCUCAGUUAAAAUUGGCUAUUGCUGAGGAAGCUGUUGCACUCUCUCUAUGGUCUACUGCUACAAUAUGUCGAGUUCUUUCUCUUGAAAGCGUUCUGGCUAUAGUCACUGGUGUAUUAUUAGAAAAACAAGUGGUGCUGCUGUGCCCAAACCUGGGUGUACUGUCUGCUGUGGUGUUGUCCCUUAUCCCCAUCAUUCGCCCAUUUGAAUGGCAGAGUUUAUUUCUUCCAAUUCUGCCGACAAAAAUGUUCGAUUUCCUAGAUGCCCCUGUUCCUUUCAUUGUUGGCAUUCAACAAAAACUUGCUGAUAUGAAGAUGAGAACUCCUAAUCUGGUUCAAGUCAACAUAAAUAAAAACCAGGUGAAAACGUGCAAUCUACCCCAACUUCCUCAACGAAAAGAGCUUAUAUCUGAACUCGGGCCAAUCCAUUCCAUCUUGUCAUCCGAAGAAUGUGUCGCUCAGAAAAAUCCAGUCUAUAAAUGCAAUGAAGUGCAGGCUGAGGCUGCUGCCCAAUUUCUAUAUGUUAUGAGGCGGUACUUAGAGUCGCUCUGUUCAGAUUUGAGGUUGCACACGAUUACCAGUGUACAAUCAAACAAUGACAAGGUUUCUAUACUUCUGAAGGAUAGCUUUAUCGAUUCCUUCCCCUCGAGAGAUCGGGCAUUUGUUAAGUUAUUUGUAGAAACACAGCUAUUCACAGUCUUGUCCGACUCUCGUCUUUCGAGUUACGAAAACGAAUAG